AGUGCAUGCUAGGAGCUCUUUUAAAGUCAAUCAAUAUACCUAUCAGCCGACGCGCAAUGUCUACACUCUACCAUACCUGUGACAAAAUCGAGCAACGAAUCAUUUGGAUCGACUGUGAAAUGACAGGCCUGGACGUUGAAAAGCAGACACUCUGUGAGAUUGCUUUGAUCGUGACAGACUCAGAAUUGAAUACAAUUGCGACUGGGCCAGAUAUUGUUAUUCAUCAGCCAAAAGAAGUUCUUGACAACAUGGAAGAAUGGCCAAGAAAUACGUUUCAUGAAAAUGGUUUAAUGGAAAAAAUAAUUGCAAGCAAGUACUCAAUGGCUGAUGCUGAAAACGAAGUGAUCGAUUUUCUCAAAUUGCACGCUCUUCCCGGUAAAAGCCCGAUUGCCGGAAAUUCCAUUUAUAUGGAUCGUCUUUUCAUCAAGAAGUACAUGCCAAAGCUCGAUAAGUUUGCUCACUACAGAUGUAUAGAUGUCUCAACUAUCAAAGGACUUGUACAGAGAUGGUAUCCUGAUUAUAAACAUCCAAAAAAACAGUGUACCCACCGUGCAUUCGACGAUAUUAUGGAGUCAAUUGCUGAAUUGAAAAACUACAGAGAAAGCAUUUUCGUGAAAUCUACUGCGUCGUCAUUUUAAUUUCUUUAAUUUUGUUUUUGUUCUGUUUUUAUUUGAUUUGGGUUUGUUUUCUUGAAUCUCAGUGAUCAUUUUCAAUUUGUUCAUACUUUUAGUCGUUAAAACAAUUGUUUGGAAGUAAUAAAUUGAAAAUUUU